GUCAUGAAUCACUGAAUUCCGGAAUGAUUUUGAGUCACGCUUUCCAUUUGUCUUCGCCAUCUCUUGAUAUGUACUCCGUAACGAAUGCCCACUUAGUGUGAGCACUCACGAUCACGUUGCACCAAUGAUCGCUCCUGUUGAAACCACAACGUGCUCGACACCAAGAAACCGGCUAAAAAGUUCCACGGGUUGCUGGACCUGCCGAGAUCGCAAGGUUAAGUGUGACGAGACCAAACCAGAGUGUCUUAAUUGCACGCGACGAGGACGACAUUGCAAAGGCUACGACAGGAUCCUGCAAUGGACGAACCCAUCUGGCUCGCACUCUGCGCGCCCUUCACCUAACUCAAACGCAGCUGCAACGCUUGAUCGACGGUCUCGCCGCUACGUUGGAGGCCCGCAGACCAAACUCCCUUUGUUGGCAGCGAUUGAAUUGAACCAGGCCAUAGCAGAGGCUGAUCCAGCAGGAUUUGAUGGUAAUGGACCAUUUGGAGCAUUCCAGCUUCUACCAGAAUCCAGCAAAGCUGGCUCGUCUACGAUCGAAAUGCCUCAGGAGAUCAAUACUGUGAACAAUAAUACUGAGGAGGCAGUCAACCCCAUCUUCCAACCAGCACAAUUUGAUCAGUCCAACGGCUACCUCAACCAUGACCCUGCCUCUUUUAUACCCGCUCCUUUCCUCAACCCCGACAUGUCCGAAUUCGCCACUUCAGACACAACAUUAUGCUAUCCGAGCCUUACUGACGGCUUAUUCGUCUCCUCAGAUUCAUUGGACGAUAUCUCUAGUCACAUGGAUGAUGUGCUGAUAAGGGAUGAGAUUCACUUUGAUGCGAUUAUUGAACAAGGGCCUGGUGGUGACCGUAUUGGAAAGCUAUCGCCUACAGAUCAACUUCUGCGUCAAAUUGAUGACGACGUACCACUCGAGUAUCACUUUCUCAACGACAACCCAGGCCCAGUCCUUAUGAACGCGCUCCUGACGGAUUUCUCUAUGAACGAUAUGUCGUUCAAACAAUGCGGAGUGACCCAGGAGAUGAUCUACCAUUAUCGCACACGGGUUGUCCACAUGAUGACACCAGUCGUUCUGCCUACACGGAACCCCUGGCUGACGAUGUUCCUCCCUCGAGCCGCAGGUCCAGACGGCCCAAGUCACGGGCGAGAUGCCCUUCUACACACCUUGAUAUCUAUCGCUGCAUUCAAUCGAGCGCGCUUAGACUCCUCAGAGACAUACGAGAAUGCGGGCACAUUCCACAUGCAGCAAGCGAUUAUCAGCCUCCAGCAAGCUCUUCAGACCCAUAUCUCGACUGGCAAGGACAAGAGUGAGCAGAUCAAUAUUCUCGCAACCGUACUCAGCAUGACCACAGUGGAGGCAUUUCGAGGAGGCCAAGGUGUUUGGAGUCUGCACCUCGAAGGGGCACGGAAAUUCUUUGAGUCCAGCGGAGGUUAUCGUGUUUGGCUGAAUUACAACAGCACAUCUGCAUCAUUGUGUCAGGUCUAUGACUGUCUUGAUACUCUGAGAGCCACUAGGGGAAACUGGAAUGUGCGGAUGACCAGCUGCGAACACCAUGAUGGCAAUAGGCCUGGCUCCCAGGUCGCGGACACUACAUCGAGAAGCGCUAUACAGUCCGAACAGCCAGUCUGUGCCGAGGCCGACACCUUCGAUCUAGACAUUACUUAUGGUAUCUCAUUCCCGACACUGGCUGGCCUCAAACGUGUGAAUGAGCUGGUCAUGCGCUUAAACUGUUUUGGCCCCUCGGAACCUCUGCAUCCACAUCUCAGGGCGGAAAUGGAACACAUAUCAGACUCUCUCCACAGGUUCACCCAGGCUGUAUAUCCGCCACCACAUGGCUCAUUCUUUGAGGCAGAUAUCAAGUUUAUGUGUCUCAAACAGCUCCCUCAACCCGUGGCUCAGGAAUUGAUGGAACAUCACUGCUGGGCAUUCCAUUUUUCUACCAUACUCUAUUUCAAUCGAGCCACGGUUCGUCACAGACAGACCACGCAGCGCAAGCAGCAGUGGCUCGUGUCUCAAGUUUUCGAUCAUCUUGAAAUUCUCAAUUCACUUAACGACGGGGAUAGUCAUCCCAUCACCCUUUGGCCUGCGCUUGUGGCAGGAUGCGAAUCAAGCGAGCCAGCACUACGAAGGCGAGUCAUUUCAUUCUUUGCUCGCAACCGCCAUUUUGGCCUUGGCAAUCUGAAUGUGGCCAAGGGUGUUAUCCUGGAGGUUUGGAGGAGAAUGGAUCGUUGCGACAGAGACGAUGACACUGUCCUGCAAGACGUCGCGAGCAUACCCAUUGGACUUGUGGAUUGGAGAGAAGUGAUGCAUGAUUUAAGCGCAGAUAUUGUUUUGGCUUGAGAAUUUUUGUGAGCUCGGGCCUCGUCUGCUCUACUACAAUGGCGAACUCGUGAGCCCUGGCGUUUGUCAGACUUAUGACAUUCGA